GGGGCAGGAGCCAAAGGCGCUGUUGAGGCAAGAUGACAGCUACUCCGAAACACAACCUCUUCACGCCAGAACCGCACUACAUCCCUGGCUACGCGGGGUUCUAUCCGCAGCUGCGCUAUCAGGUGGGGAACACCUACGGGCGCACCACAGCACAGCUGCUCACAGACCCCAGCGUGCAGAAGAGCCCCUGCUCCGUGCUGUCCCCCAUAUCCAAGCCCAAGUUCAUCGAGGACUUCAGCAAGCCCAAGCCACCUUGGAUACCCUGCCGGGACUUGACUGAGCCCUAUGUCCCCCACUACACCGGUCUGAAGCCCUACAAGAACUUUGAGAUCCUGGGCCAGUUCCCACCCCAGGAGGGGAACGCCCAGAAGGGGCCGCAGGGCGUAGAGAGCAUAUCCAGGCAGGUCCUGCUGCCUGCAGGCUUCAUGCCCUAUGCCCCCUACCCCCCAUGCCCGCCGGGCAGGAAGGGGGGCUCCAGAGACCUCGGACACCCAGGCCUGCGGCUGGCGUACGGAGAGGAGGCCUGGAAGAGCACCACCCCCGUCCUCGGGGCCCCUGGGCGGGACCAGCUGCACCACUACAGGAGGGAUGAAUCCCCACCCCCUGCUCAGCAGCAGGAGACCCUAGACGUGGGCAGGUUCCACAGGCUGCCGCAGCUCGACCACCCCAACCUGAUCCAACGCAAAGCCAUCUCAGGUUAUGCUGGCUUUGUCCCCCGGUUUGCGUGGGUGAUGGGGGUGAACUACCGUGACGGUGUCGCACAGGCCAUGGAUGAGUUCAGCAAGAACCAGUUCCUAUUCAGAAACCCCAUCUGUGCCCUGGGGGAGCGGCUGCCCAAAACACACUGGCCUGGCAACACCAUCUACAGCAGCCAGGGCCUGAUGCCUUUCUACAUGGGCUUCAUACCAUCCAUGCAGGACAACUACGCGCUGACGUUCGGCAAUAGCACCCGCAAGGCCUAUCGGAAGGAACUGGAGAGGCGACACCAGACACUAUGAAAAUGCUUUAAUGGCGGCGUCUGGACAGCAAUGUGACGUCAAGACAGGAAGGAGAGCAAGCGCACACAGAGAACAGGUUGUGAGUGAAUAAAGCGUU